AUGUAUGUUCUGUAUAAGGGCCGCGUUGAUAGACCAACAAUCUUUUCAUCCUGGGCCUCCGUACACCCCAGAGUGACAGGAGUAUGCGGCGCGGAAUUCAAAGAAGUAAAUAAUCUGGAGGAAGCCCGGGCUUCUAUGAAGGCGAAAGGAAUUAAAGAAUACGACGAGGUCAUACGGUCUACAGUCCACGGCUCUCAUCGGAAAGCCCGGGGAAAAUACUAUGCUGUCGCGCUUGGUAAAACGACUGGAAUAUUCGAAGACUGGGGGGAAGUCGAGAAUGCGACCAAAGGAGUCAAGUAUGCGUGCCAACAGCGCUUCGAUACUGAAAGCGAAGCGAAGGAAUUCAUUGACGACUGGAAUGAGGCAUUCGCUGAUAUAUGGCGGCAGGAGAUUAGAGACGGCUUGAAAGAUGGAUGGCGAGUCAAAAGUCUCGAUCUUGAUUUGGCUUCAGUCUUAACAAAGAGAAGUAAUGAGGCCAAUGCAGAGAGCGAUCUGGUUUCCAGACUCAACCAACUCGAGGUUUCAAAGUUGGCGAGGUGA